AUGUGUAUUUUGUGGCAAUCUAAUCUAAUCUGUCCCGUCCCCAACCCUAACCCCCAACUCCACUCCUUCAUCAGCAAGCAAAGCAAAGGCAUGGCGCCGGCGGCCGGUCGCGGGCGAGGACGAGGACGGGCCCGGGGACGCGGGCGAGGACGCGCGGCCAAGACCCCGCCUCCAGCCGCAGGUGCUUCCUUUCUGUCUUUCUUUCCCCCACCAUCUUCAAGAGGACGCGCGCUCUCUUGCAGGUGUCUAACCAACCAACCAACCAAAUCCCCUUCCUUUGCUUGCGCAGAACCCGCGCCGGAGGAGGCCCCCGACGCCGCCCACCACCAAGAGCAAGAGCAGGAGCAGGACAAGGACAAGGGGCAGGAAGAGCAGGAGCAGCUCACCCACACCCAAGAUGCCUCUGCCUCUGCUUUUGCCGGGCGGGAGACGAUUGAGAUCUCCGACUCCCCAGACGCAUCCCCUCAGCAUCAACAACAAGGAGGCGCCUCCUCCUCGCCACACAUAGAUACUACUAGCUCAACCCAUCAGAUCAAGGAGGAGCCAAGCUCAAUCACAGCCGUCCACCACAAACCCCAUGAGCCCUCUCCCUCUGCUGCCACCAAUAUUGACGAGCAGCAGGAGAAAAUGGAGGUGGAGGCUGGAGAGCCUCAUGAUAUGUUCUUGUCCGUACAGGAAGAAGAAGCAGCAGCCCCUCCACAAGAAGAACAAGAGGCAGACAAGCAAACGCUACAGAACAAGGCAGCACAGGUGAUAGAGCCGGAGGGUGCAAAACCCGAUGAUGAUGAUGAUGAUGAUGAUGAUGAUGAUGAUCUAGUCGUAAAGGGUGAUGUUGCUGCAACUGAUGAUGCACAAAAUAAGCAAGACAGUCAAGCUCACCAACUCCACCAGGAGGAACAAAUGCUUGCUGCAACUCAUGAUGAUGCAGAAAAUAAGCAAGGCACCCAAGCUCACCCACUCCACCAGGGAGAAAUGGAUGCUGAGCGGGAAGAGGAGGAGGAGGAGGAGGAGGAGGAGGAGGAUCCCGAAGAGGUCAUUUUCGAGGACUCUGUCUCUGUGGGUGACGGGCAGGCCGCAACUGAGGACAAACAAGGAGAUGACCCUGCUGCUAGGGCCACGGAGGACGACGACGGGCAGGCUGCAGCUGAGAGCAAACAGGAAGAGCACCGUGCUAGGGCGAUGGAGGAGGACGUGCAGGCUGCAGGUGAGAUCAAACAGCAAGAGGACGAGCGCAAGGUUAUGUCAGACAUGGCCAAGAACAGGCAGCGCAAAAAGGAGCUAGAGAUCUUUGUGGGAGGGCUGGACCGUGAAGCCGUCGAGGAGGAUAUCAGGAAGGUGUUUGCGCAGGUCGGUGAUGUUGUGGAGGUCCGUCUCCACAAGGAUCCCUCCACCAACAAGAACAAGGGGUUUGCGUUCGUCAGGUUUGCAAACAAACAGCAGGUGGCUCGGGCGCUUGCUGAGGUGAAGAAUCCUAUGAUACAUGGCAAACGUUGUGGUGUUGCUGCUAGCGAGGACAACGAUACACUGUUCUUGGGCAAUAUUUGCAAUACAUGGACAAAGGAAGCUAUUAAGAAGAGGCUGCUUGACUAUGGGGUAGAAGGAGUUCAAAGUUUAACUCUUGUUCCUGAUACUCAAAACGAAGGCCAGAGCCGUGGUUUUGCAUUUCUCGAGUUCUCUUGCCACGCGGAUGCGAUGCUUGCAUUCAAAAGGCUGCAGCAACCAGAUGCUCUAUUUGGUCACCCUGAGAGAACUGCAAAAGUUGCCUUUGCAGAGCCAAUAAAAGAAGCAGAUGCAGAAGUUAUGGCUCAGGUCAAAUCAGUUUUUAUUGAUGGACUUCCACCAUACUGGGAUGAAGAACGUGUUAAAAACCGAUUCAGAGCUUAUGGUGUGAUAGAACGAGUUGUGCUUGCUCGCAAUAUGUCUAGUGCUAAAAGAAACGAUUUUGGAUUUGUCAACUUCUCAACCCAUGAGGAGGCUCUUGCUUGUAUUGAAGCCACCAACAACACCGAGCUGGGUGAUGAUGGAAAAGCAAAGCUAAAAGUAAGGGUUAGACUUUCAAACCCUUUACCUAAAAGUCAGGCUGUGAAAGGUGAAAUGAGUGGCGGGUUUCGAAUUGGACAUCCUGGAUCUGGUUUUAACAGGCCUGGUAGAGGUUUUAAUAGGGACAGAGCUGCCCCUCGCCGGGAAGGUUUCCAUGGUGAUAGGGGUUUCAAUAAUCACACUCCUGGUCGUGGUGCGAGAUUUAAUUCUGCAUACAGUAACAACAGUUUUGAAGCUUCGCCCUCUGAUUUCCGAGCCAGGCAGGCUCCUCCUGCCUUUCGAGGGGGGAGAUGGGAACCUUCCUCAGGAAGGCAUGAUUUCUUUGAUAGAGGGCAGGGGAGAGGGUAUCAUCAUCCACCUAGAGGGCCAACAUUUGAGCCUGAGGGUGAUUUUGGUAGACCCUUUGGUGAAAACCCAUAUCUCUAUGAAGAUGUUCGGCAUAGUGCUAAGAGGCCAUAUUCUCACAUGGAACCCGGCCCUCCUGGAUACUUUGAGCAUGGUCCUCCUCGUGUGCGCCCUCGCUUUGACCAUUACGAGCAGCCACCAUUUCCUGGAGGGAACCGUUUUGGUCAUUAUGACCAGCCACCAUUUCCUGGAGGUGACCGCCACAGAGACUCUUUUGGGACGAGGGGUGGUUAUUCACGUGAUCACUAUGGCCCUGGUUCUGGUCCUGGUCAUGCCCCGCCCCCCGCCCAUGCCCAUGCCCCGCCCCCUGCCCAUGCCCAUGCCCAUGCCCAUGCCCCAGCUCAAUAUGGUAGGGGUGCAUUCCGACCACACCAAAGAGGCGGGCAUUCUGGAGGCGGUUAUUACCACCACUAG